UAGAGCCCACAGGCCAUCCCUUUUGCUGGUCAUGUGACUGUGUCGUAUCCUCUGAGCUGUACACGUGAUGGUUGCUAACUCAGCAGUUUCAUUCAACACCGCUCUGGGUACUUACUUUUGUGACAUUGUAGGAGACUAGAAACAACUUUUACAGCUAAGUAUGAGCCUGGCCGAGCCGUACAGUCAAGCCAGUCUGACCUUUGUGGACGACAUAGGACUGGGUUAUGGAGCGGACACUCAGGGACUGACUGACUUUAACGACUAUGAGUUCACUCUACCCAGUCAGACGCAGGCCACACAGAGCCAGGCAUCGCAGCAACCUGAACCAGACCCCAAGCCACCCACUAACUUGGCUGCCUCCCUUCUCUCUGGGCUCACUUUAGAGGACAACGUGUCAGAGGACGAGGGGGAAGGAGUGGGGGAAGCACAAGAGCUCCCAGAACACGCCUGUCGCUACUGUGGCAUACAUGACCCAUCCUCUGUGGUUAUGUGCAGGGCUACCAGAAAGUGGUUCUGUAACGGACGCGGAAAUACGUCAGGGAGCCACAUUAUCAACCACCUUGUGCGGUCCCAGUGCCGAGAGGUCUCCUUGCACAAAGACAGCCCAUUGGGAGAUCCAGUGCUAGAGUGCUACAGUUGUGGUACCAGGAAUGUGUUCACGCUCGGCUUCAUCUCUGCCAAGGAGGAGAGUGUUGUUAUUCUCCUUUGUAGGAACCCCUGUCUUAGGGAGAACAGCCUCAAGGAGGAAUGGAAUCCUGCUAACUGGCAGCCUCUGAUCCAGGAACGAAUGUUCCUGAGCUGGUUGGUGAAGGUGCCCUCCGACAAAGAGCAGACCAGGGCCAGACAGAUCUCUGCCACUCAGAUCAACAAGUUGGAGGAGCUGUGGAAGGAUGACUCCAAUGCCACCCUGGAGGACCUGCAGAGGCCAGGGGUGGACGAGGAACCAGCUGUGGUUGCUCUCAGGUACCAGGAUGCGUACCAGUAUCAGAACAUUUUUGGCCCCCUGGUGAAGCUUGAGGCUGACUAUGACCGCAAGCUCAAGGAGAGUCAGACAUUUGACAACAUCACAGUACGUUGGGACCAAGGCCUCAACCAGAAGAGGGUGGCCUACUUCAACUUCCCCAGAAAGGACAGCGACAUUCGCCUAAUGCAAGGAGAUGAGCUGAGACUGCGCUAUGUGGGCAAGGCUCGGGCACCCUGGGAGGGGGUGGGCCACGUGGUCAAGGGCCCUCAGAACUUUGUAGAGGAGGUGGCUCUGGAACUCAAAUCCAACGUUGGUGUACCCCACGAUCAGAGCAUUCCCUUUAAAGUUGACUUUGUGUGGAAGUCGACAUCUUUUGACCGUAUGCAGAACGCUAUGAAGAUGUUUGCAGUGUCUGAGAAUGCAGUCUCGGUCUACCUCUACCACAAACUCUUGGGUCACGAUGUGCAGGAUCAGGUCAAUAGCAAAGUUCCCCUGCCCAAACAUCUGUCAGCCCCCAACCUGCCCAAGUUGAAUAGCUCCCAGAUGCAUGCCAUCAAGAUGGUGUUACAACGUCCAUUGGGACUAAUUCAGGGACCCCCUGGCACUGGCAAGACUGUCACCUCCGCCUCCAUUGUAUAUCAUCUUGCAAAAAUCUACACCCCAGCCCAAGUGCUAGUGUGUGCCCCAAGCAACAUAGCAGUAGAUCAGCUGACUGAGAAGAUUCACCGCACAGGGUUGAAAGUGGUAAGGGUGUGUGCCAAAUCAAGAGAGGCCAUUGACUCUCCCGUCUCGUUCCUCGCACUGCACAACCAAGUCAGGGCUUUCAAAGGCCCUAGUAGUGCCGAGCUGCGUAAACUACAACAACUCAAAGACGACCAGGGGGAGUUGAGUGCCUCUGAUGAGAAGAGAUACCGCACCCUCAAGAGGCAGUGUGAGAGAGAGUUGCUGCAGAAUGCUGAUGUGAUAUGCUCGACUUGUGUGGGAGCUGGUGAUCCCAGACUGGCAAAGUUUAGGUUCAGCAUUGUACUCAUUGAUGAGUCCACACAGGCUACUGAGCCUGAGUGCAUGGUGCCUAUCGUGCUUGGAGCCAAGCAGGUGAUCCUGGUGGGAGAUCACUGUCAGCUCGGACCUGUCAUCAUGUGCAAGAAAGCAGCCAAUGCUGGAUUAUCUCAAAGUCUGUUUGAGCGACUCGUGUGUCUCGGAGUGACUCCAAUUCGAUUGGUCGUUCAGUACCGCAUGCAUCCAGCCCUCUCGGAAUUUCCGUCUAGUGUGUUCUAUGAUGGGACGCUCCAGAACGCAGUGUCAGAGGCAGAGCGUAAGAUGAAGGGUCUGGAGUCAUUGUGGCCGACUGCAGACAAGCCCGUGUUCUUCUGGUGUCACUCUGGACAAGAGGAGAUCUCUAGCAGUGGGACAUCUUAUCUUAACAGGACUGAGGCCGAGGGUAUAGAGAAGCUGGUAACUAAGCUGAUGAAGAAUGGGAUAAAGCCAGAUCAGAUUGGAAUCAUUACCCCCUAUGAGGGGCAGAGGGCGCAUGUGGUCCAGCACAUGCAGUACCACGGCUCAAUGUCUCAGAGGCUCUACCAGGAGAUAGAAGUGGCCAGUGUGGAUGCAUUUCAGGGCAGAGAGAAAGACCUAAUUUUGCUGUCCUGUGUCAGGGCUAACGAACACCAAGGCAUCGGGUUUCUGAAUGAUGCCCGUCGCCUCAACGUCGCCCUUACCAGAGCCAAGUUUGGACUGGUAGUGAUCGGUAAUGCCAAGGUCUUGAGCAAGCACCCUCUGUGGAAUCGUCUGAUCAAGGACCACCAGGACAUGGGUGUGCUAGUGGAAGGGCCACUCAACAACCUCAGGAAGAACGAGAUGCAUGUAACAAAGCCGCUCAAGCUUUACAACAAGAGGAACCCGGGAGCCCACUUCAUGUCUCACGCCAUGUACAGUGCUAGAGACUCGUUCCCUCCUACCAAUCCAGGGGGUGGUGGGCGCUACGACGGUAGGACCACCUUCCCUCAUGAGCCAAGAUUCUCUUUUGAUGACUACUACCAGACCCACGACCCGCUUGGCUACAUUGGAGGAGACCCCAACGCUGCAAUGGCUGCACACAGCAUGUACGUCCCUCCCUCCAUGUUCACUAUGCCUGUGCCUCCCCCACAGCACUACCCCAUGCCCCCCGCUGGACCAAGUGGCAAGGCAUCGUUUGCUCAGAACUUGCUCAACAGUCAGGCCAGUCAAGAUAACACAGCUGCCCCUGCUUCCCAACCACUCACCCAGAACCCCCUCUCCAUGACUCAGCCCUCACAGCCACUCUCUCAAGACCUGUCACAGGAUUUCCUUGAGUUCAACUCUCAGGAUGCGACCCUCUCCCAGGACUCAGUGCACGGUGAGGUGGGCGGAGCCAAGAAGCGUGCCCCCAUCAUGGACUAUAACCAUCCUGUCUAUCAGCUCUACUGAGUGGCAACGCGCUUAUAAGGGACACUUCUGUCAUUAUGACAUUUUAGUCGGAUGUGAAUGGAUAUUGGUUGGUUACCAUGCAGAACAUGAGAAACUAUACGUAGAGCUACUGUAGGUAUACAUAUUAUUUUUUUGCAAUUAUGGUACCAGUCCUAGUUAGUGGUUGGAUGUGCUCAAUUGAUGUUGACAAAAUUAUGGUCAUAAUGAUAA